AUGUCGACCAGCGAAGUCCAAGAAAGCGUUAGCAGUUUACUGGAUCCCUCGACUUUUGUUUUUCCAGCACCCUCCACUACAAUCACCAUCGAAUUUUGUGAUAGAUGCCGAUGGCUUCAUAGAGCAACAUGGAUGCAGACAGAGCUCUUCUUGACAUUUCCGCCACCUUUGAUAGGGAAUAUAUCUCUAUAUCCUCUGAACUCGGAUGAAACUGCUGGUCGCUUUCGUGUAUGGAUCACUGUUGGAAACCAAUCUCCACAUUUAUUAUGGGAUAGGAAGAUAGAGGGUGGUUUUCCUGAGCUCAAGGCUCUUAAACAGCGAGUUCGUGAUCAAGUACAACCAGGCCGCUCGUUAGGGCACUCUGAUGUUAAAUCCUGA